CCAUGUAUCUAGAACUGAUCCAGGCGAUCACUCCCCUCCUGCUGAUCUUCAUGACAGAGGAAUGUGUGGACACAAUCUUCGUCAAGUUCAACAUUCUCGACGCAGACUGCCUGAAACUCAUCAUCAGUAAGGGUUUGGGGUAUGCUAUUGUGGCUGGAUCCAUGUUCGUCAAAUUCCCUCAGAUUGUCAAGAUUUACAACAGUUCUUCAAUUGCGGGUCUAUCUCUUACUACCUUCGUUUUGGAAACUAUCGUUGUUAUUGUGACGGUGUCCUAUAACUACGCGCAGUCCCUGCCGUUCAGCACGUGGGGGGAAAGCUUCUUCAUCCUGCUCCAGCUGAUAAUCCUGCUGUCCCAGUACUUCCACUACACUUCCAGCAAGGUGCUGCUCCUGGUGACCCCUGUCCUGAUCCCUGCCCUUACCUGGCUCCUGACAACUCUAUCUCAUCAGUACCUGACUCUCUGUCUUACCGCCUCUAUUCCCCUCAUGGCUCUCAGCAAGAUCCUACAAAUAAAGUCUAACUUUAUGAACGGACACACUGGCCAGCUCUCGUUCAUAACCAGUCUGAUGAACUUCCUAGGAUGCCUGGCUCGUCUGUUCACGGUUAUUCAGGAAGUGGACGACUCUCUCAUCCUCUUCAACAGCACCACAGUGUUCUCUCUCAACACUAUCAUCGUGCUUCAGUUCCUCAUGUAUUGGAGUGUUGUGCCACCCAAAGAGAAGAGUAGUUAGGUUUGUUGACUUUCACGUCCCUCAGCCAUGAUGUGCAGGGCUGAUGUGUUGGAGGGACAGACUGUAACGGAGGAGUUCACUGUUGAAGAGGAGGAGGAGGAGGAGCCCUUAGCUGUAUCUGAACAUGUUCUGAUCGGAGACGUGACUGUUAGCGAGGAGAGCAGUAACUCCAGUUACCAGUACUCUACCAUGUUGGAUACACCGCAGGGAGGGAGUAUUAUAGACACUUCUAGUAACUCUGAAUAUGAGACUAUCUGUCUAGAUGGUGUGGAGGUGGAGGAGGACCCACAAGGUCAGGGUGAACUCAAUACUCAACAGUUGGGAUACUCAGUGGACAACUCCCCUGCUGCUGCGCACACUGAAGUAUCCUUCCAGGAGCUACUGAACGAGGCUCACUACGCCAUCUCCACUGGAACUAUCCACAAUGUAGUGGACAACUUACUGGACACCCACGUGAGGACGGGACCCUUACCCAGCCCUGUAGUUCCCACUGUUUACUGCUGCGAGAUCUGCUCUAAAACCUUCACCCAGCUCUGGAUCCUCAACAAGCACUACAACACCGCUCACGGCUUCUCUGCUGAGCAGUCUAAGGACUGUAAGAAGUGUGGGAAGUCUGUGGAGCCCCGGACGAAACACUUCUGCUUCAAGUGUCUUCAUUGUGUCAUGAAGUUCUCCUCCAAGUCCUCUCUCCGAGACCACGUGCUAGUUCGACACACCCAGACCAGCAAGAAGUGUGAUACUUGCAGUGAACAGUUCCCCUCCCAACAACUCCUGACACGACACAUGAUCGAGUGCAGGGUACGCAAGGGACCUCAACAGGAAACCAAGUCUCCGUUACACUGCCCCAAAUGUGACAAAGUCCUCCACUCCUUCCAGCACCUGAAGAAGCACGAACAAAACUUCAACUCCCUGUCCCACACGUGUCCAGUGUGUGAGGAGAGUUUCUGUAUGCUGUACACCCUGUUCACGCACGUGUGGGGGGACCACCACAAGAACAACAGAGCUGCUGAGUACACCUGUCCUCUCUGCGAGGAGGUGUUCAAGAACUUCAGGGCUUAUUCGUAUCACAUCUACGAUGUUCACGAGGGACACACUGAGGAUGAGAUUUGGAAGGACGAUGGCCGGUUCAGGGAGAGAAAAUACAUGUACUCUAGAGAGAGGUAUCUAGCUAAGAAGAACGGGGCAGAGAAGGAACAGCUCAGUUGGGAGUUUGAGGGAGAGUUUAACCCCCGACCUGACGAAGAUGUGGAGUUAGAGGACUUCGCUCGGAGCUCUAGCAGGAUUGAGAUGUUGAAUGAGUCUGGUGCUCCUACUAUGCUGGGUAAGAGGAAAACUGUUAAACUUCUUUCAUUGCCCGACAAGUCUAGGAAGAAGCGUACAGGAGCUGGGUCUAAAGCAAAGACUAGCAGAAAAGCUCCAACUGGUGUUCAAAUUACUAAAUCAAAACCUACGGCUAAGUCCACAAGUAAGACGAAGAAGUCAAAGGCUAAGAACGUAGCUUUGAAUAAGUGAGGAUGUCACUUGAUAAAUUAUUAAUCUUUUGUGUUGUAUUUUUUUAGCUGUAUUUACGUUUGGCUUGAUGUGUAUCGAGAUUUUUUCAUUGAUCAAGAAUAACUUAUUACUUUCAAAAUUUUUAGACUUUUACCUCUGAUUGACUUUUUACACGAAAUGAACAACGAAUGAAGGAUUUGAAUUGAGGUUUUUAAAAUUUUAAUCGAUUGAUUUGAAGGAGAUUAUGAUGGCACAAUAUACCUAUUUAUUAAGUUAUUAGCUGGCUCUAUUUUUCGACAUACAAAACUUCGUCAUACUUUUGCUAUGUAAUUGAUUUCUUAUUUAUCUAUCACGUUCA